AAGAGAUUGCUUACGAUGCCUGGAUCCCCCUUGGAUGUGAAAUUACAGUCAAGAUCACCUCCUAACAUGCCUCCACGGCCUCCCAUCAACCCUGGUGUCCCCCGACCGGGCACCUUCACCCCUACAGCAUUAUCCAAUGGGCUUAACCAUUCGCCGCCCACCUUGAAUGGUGCCCCAUCCCCACCACAGAGGUUCAGCAAUGGUCCAGCACCAUCCUCGUCCUCGACGCUCACCAACCAGCAGCUUCCUGCCACUUGCGGGGCCCGACAGCUCAGUAAACUGAAACGCUUUCUAACGACCCUCCAGCAAUUUGGUAACGACAUUUCCCCUGAGAUUGGAGAGAAAGUUCGGACCCUCGUCCUGGCUUUGGUUAACUCCACGGUGACCAUUGAAGAAUUCCAUUGUAAGCUGCAAGAGGCCACCAACUUUCCUCUUCGUCCCUUUGUGAUUCCGUUCUUGAAGGCCAAUCUGCCCCUGUUACAGAGAGAACUACUGCAUUGUGCUCGGGCAGCCAAGCAGACGCCUUCCCAGUACCUGGCCCAGCACGAACACCUUCUGCUGAACACUAACACCUCCCCAGUUGACUCUGCAGAGUUACUCAUGGAGGUCCACGGAAAUGGCAAGAGGCACAGCCCUGACAGAAGAGAAGACAGCUUUGAGAGAGAGCCGGUUCUCCCCGAGCCUCCCGCCAAGAGAGUAUGCACCAUCAGCCCUGCUCCCCGCCACAGCCCUGCUCUCUCCAUGCCCAUCAUUACCCCUGCUCAGUUCCAUCCCACCCCGCCCCCUCUCCAGCAUUAUACCUUGGAAGAUUUCACCACUUCCCAACUGUACAGCAGAGAGGCCGCCGCCGCUCCCAAGCCGCCGGAACCUCGGGAAGUGCGAGAGCACCGACAAGGGCUGGCUCUAAAUGGAGGAUACCAGGAGGAACUGGUGGACCACCGUUUGACAGAGAGAGAAUGGGCUGAUGAAUGGAAACAUCUUGAUCAUGCUCUGAAUUGCAUCAUGGAGAUGGUGGAGAAAACCCGCCGUUCCAUGGCUGUCCUGCGCCGCUGCCAGGAAGCCGAUCGGGAAGAGCUCAACUUUUGGAAGAGGCGAUGCAAUGAGAACACAGAGACCAGGAAACCUGGUGGUGAUCUGAUCCCCAGGCAGCACAGCCCAGGAAGCUCGGACUCGCUCAGCAAUGAUUCCCAGCGUGAGUUCAACAACAGGUCAGGCGCAGGCUAUGUCACUGAAGAUAUCUGGAAGAAAGCUGAAGAAGCUGUGAAUGAAGUGAAGCGCCAGGCCAUGUCGGAAGUGCAGAAGGCCGUGGCAGAGGCUGAGCAGAAGGCCUUUGAGAUGAUCGCCUCAGAAAGAGCUCGCAUGGAGCAGACCAUCGCAGAUGCCAAGCGCCAGGCCACUGAAGAUGCCUUCAUGGUUAUAAAUGAGCAGGAGGAGUCCUCUGAGAGCUGCUGGAACUGCGGGCGCAAAGCCAGCGAGACGUGCAGCGGCUGCAACGCCGCCCGCUACUGCGGCUCCUUCUGCCAGCACAAGGACUGGGAGCGCCACCACCGCAUCUGCGGCCAGGGGCCCCACCCCCACUGCCAGAGCAAACCGCUCCUUCCCCCCACCGGCCGAAUGUCCAUGGCCAAGGCCGCCGAGGGAGGGCUGAGCCCAGCCCUGGACAAGACCUCGGGGGCCACCUCGCGGUCCUCGACCCCUGCCUCGAUGUCGGCCAUUGACACCAAUGGCCUUUGA